GCCAUGAAAAAAAUAUCAUCACAAUUUUCCAGUUUGCAUGCAACAUUUUAAAAUGGCAACAUUCAUCUGGAUUCUGCCAGUUUUUUAUGCGCUUUUCAGUCAAAGUCAGGCCGCAAAUAUAGUGACAAGUAGCUUCGUGAGCUGCCCUGAUCCAGCUAAUGCUCUAAGUGCAAACCUGGUAGCUGAAAGACUUGUAGAUGAAGCAGGAAAGUUUCUUGGAACACUAACUAAAGAAAUUGCACUUCCUGAAACAGGACUAUUCCCAACGCCCAUCAGUUGUAUUUUGAUAACUGAUUUGUCCGGGGAUGGAUCCGGAGGAAGAAUCUCUAUAACAGGAGGAGGGGUGAAGGAUCAAUAUGUACACGUCACUGUUGUAUCCAAGUUUUCCAAAGGAUUAAAAUAUAAGAUUCAAGUUUUCGCACCCAACUAGGUUCAUUUUCUUAUGAACGAAAAAGUUGUUCUUUUCUUAAUAAAGAGAUAUGCAUUGAAUUUUGUGUGGUUAUUGCACGUUGUAAAAAUAGUGCGGUAGUUUCAAUCGAAACUUAUCAGUUGCGUCACUAUAUAU